AUGCAAACCAAGCAGAAGGCGGCGUUAGGAAUCAACGGUACCCGCACAAGUGGAUUGGCGGUGCGCCGUGAGAACGUGACCGCAGCUUUGGCGGUGGCCAACGUUGUGAAGUCCUCACUUGGACCUAUUGGCCUUGACAAGAUGCUGGUCGAUGACAUUGGCGAUGUGUGUGUCACAAAUGACGGAGCAACCAUUCUUAAGAGCCUAGACGUGGAACACCCUGCCGCACGUCUUCUUGUGGAUCUCGCGCAGCUUCAAGAUAAGGAAAUUGGUGAUGGCACAACCUCUGUUGUGAUUCUCGCAUCUGAGUUGCUUAAGCGGGCUCAGGACCUCAUCGUAUCCGGUAUUCACGCCACAAGCAUCAUCGCCGGUUACAAGCUUGCUUUACGUGAAGCCGUACGAUACCUUCAGUCUAAUCUCAGUGUUUCUGUGGAUGCUUUGGGCAAAGAUGUUUUGUUAAACGUUGCUCGCACUUCAAUGAGCAGUAAGAUUCUUAAUUCUGAUUCUGACCUUUUUGCCAAGAUGGUUGUGGAUGCAAUCCUUUCUGUAAAAACGGUAAAUGAUUUUGGUGAUGUGGUAUAUCCUCGUAAGGCGGUGAGCAUCUUACUUCAACAUGGUAAGAGUUCACGAGAAUCUGUACUUUUGCAGGGUGUUGCCCUUGGUCUUUCCCGUGCGGCGCAAGGUAUGCCCACCUCUGUGGAAAAUGCCCGUAUUGCACUUAUUGACUUUGACCUUCGUGCUGUGAAGAUGAAGCUAGGCAUCAACAUCACCAUUACUGAUCCCACGAAGGCGGAGGCGAUUCGCCAGCGUGAACUGGAUAUCACGAAGGAGCGUAUAAAGAAGAUGAUUGCGGCUGGUGCCAAUGUUAUUCUCACCUCCUGGGGUAUUGAGGACAGCAUGAUGAAGUACAUGGUGGAUGAGGGCAUUCUUGGUGUUCGCCGUGUGAAGAACGACGACAUGCGCCGUAUUGCCAAGGCGACGGGUGCCCGCAUUGUGCACACCCUCUCUGACCUUGACGGCGAGGAGGUGUUCGACCCGGCGUGGCUCGGGGCGGCCUCUCGCGUGUACGAAGAGCGCUUUGGCGAGGACGACGUGAUUAUCAUCAGCGGCACGGCGAGUGCGGUGUGUGCGAGUAUCGUCUGCCGCGGCGCCAACUACAUGGUGCUGGAGGAGAUGGAGCGCGCCCUCAACGACGCCCUGUGGGCCGUCGCCCGCACCCUCGAGGCGCACAGCGUCGUCGCCGGCGGCGGGGCGGUGGAGGCGGCCCUCUCCGUCUACUUGGAGAACGUCGCCCACACCCUCGGCUCACGCGAGCAACUCGCCAUCGCCGCCUUCGCUGAGUCGCUGCUCGUCAUUCCAAAGACACUCGCCCUCAACGCCGCUCUCGACGCCACCGAACUCGUCGCCCGUCUCCGCGUCGCACACAGCGAGGAGAAGCAGGAGGCACGCUUCUGUGGACUCGACCUCGUCGAGGGCACACUGCGGAACAACAUUGAGGCAGGCGUCCUGGAGCCGCAGCCGAGUAAAGUGAAGUCCCUGCAGUUCGCCACAGAGGCCGCCGUCACGGUGCUGCGCAUCGAUGACUGCAUCCGACUGAACCCAGAGGAUGAGGAGGAACGCGGACGAUAG